GACACCGCCGCCGCCGCUGUCCGUAGCUGCCAUGGGUCACCGCCUGCACCAGGGUCCGGGGUGCGGCCCUCGCGCCGCCCGCCGUCGCAGCUGUCUGUGCUGUCGCCAGCCGCCUGCUGCCUCCGUGCGUGAUGGACGCGCCUGCCGCCGCUCGUCGACACCACCGCUGUCCGUCCUCUGCACGCCACCAAAUAAUGCCCUGGAUGCAAGCGACGAGAGACCAAUUUAGAAAAUGUGUUAAUAAAAAGAUGAAGACUGGCCAAGGUGCCAUACCCAAGAAGCCGGGGAAGUAUGAGGAGGUUAUGGCUUUCCUGCAUACAUACAUGCAGGAGUGGGAAACAGUUACUAAUUUGUCUGUUGAAAUUUGUUCAGACGAGGAAGAAAACAAGGAUAUGUCUUCAUCACCCAUUCUGGGCAGUGAAAUUGACAGUUAUUUGAGGCCAGAGACAAUUGAUGUACAAAAGUGUAGUGCAAGAGGCAUAAAGAGGAGAAUUGCAGAAUCUGUGUCGGUUUCUCUGAUGAAUUAUAUUCUAACAACUCAGCCAAAGGAAAAUCGCAUUAACAUUUUUCUUUCAGGGACAAGUGCCAGUAUAAAAACAUUGUCCCCAAUGCAACAAAUAAGAGCUAAAGCUGAAAUUUAUGGAAUAGUGUCUCCCCUAGAAAGGGAGUAAGUA